AUGUUUCAAAUCACAUUCAACUUCUCUUCCUCGCUUACAGCGUCGAAUUCAGCGUCGUCUUUGAUGUCGCUCGAUGUUCCAGGCGGCUGGAAAUCGAGUUAUGAAGGGAAAAAGGCUCCCCCAAAGCCCACUCUUUCCCCCCAGACUGAACCUUCGAAGUCUGCAGAGAUCGAAUCGACCUCUGCGACAAUUCCCAUGGACUCGACACUGGUGCCAAACUCAUCGUCAUCCCCUGCAUUGGCACCCAGUGUUGUGCCCGACACCGUUCAAGACCCUACUCCGAUAUCACCACAAACAAUUCCGCCUUCACAACCGGAAACAACAACAAGUCCUGCAUCAACUUGUGCUCGUCGUAUCGGAAGAUCCCCAUUGGCUAACGUGCUUGAAAUCUCGGCCUUGCUGUCCGUGGAUUCGGAACCUUCUCCGCUUCCAACACCUGCCGCUCAGCCCCAGCCGUCUUUCGCUGUCGACUCUUCCGACAAUAGCACCCAAGCUUCCCGACCCAGCACCAAAGGCGGUAUAUAUGGCCCUCGUCGUGGCCCCACCGCUCGUCCGACAUUGGAUUCUCAAAUAACAACAACUGAGCCAACAUCAACUGUUUCUUCCAUCGCCGCUGGCGAAUCGGAUGGCGCCGAUAGUACCGAAUCGGCAUCAAGCCUGUCUCUUAUUCCGAGCAGGAAGACCGGGAUAUAUGGCGAUCGUCGUGGGCCGGGUUCACAACCAGUCUCAGGACUGCCGGCUUCUCAAGAUUCAUCAACUUCAGAAACGAUUGCUCCUGCUUCCCCUGACAGCACAUCCGACGCGGAUCCCGCUCCUCGUGGCCGCUCGAUGAGUGUUGCGCUGUCGCGUUCGGUCCCUGCUCCUUCUCCAGAAGAGCCGUCUUCGCCCUCGGCCCUUGCACCGACCCCCCGAGAAGGCCGAACCCGCACUCGUGUCGCGAGCGUCCGCGCAAGGCCGCAAGGGCGCGACCUGUCAUUUGGCGGUGUUAUCCCACGUUCCCGACAGUCCUCCGCGCUCCGGAUCACGGUCACGCUCCGUGUGGCGCUGUUUGCCGAGCGGGCUGCGAGAGAGCGACAGGCGGAGCAGGAGCGGAUAGAGAUGGAGCGGAGGGAGCUUUAUGCGGGUGUGCGGCUGGAGCGCAUGGCGGCGCAGGUCCAGCAGGUAAAACGUAGAUAUAAGAACAAGCUUGGAGUGUUGAAGGGGUGGGCGCCGAGCGGAGGACAGGAGACUGAGUGGGUGCUUGUAUGA